AUGUCAGUGGUUGGUCUUAAGAACGUUAUUGCCAAUGUCCUCUCCAAGGAUGAUUCGAAGAACAACAAACUAUUACUGAGAAGCACACUGCAAAGUAAUUAUGGUGGUAUUAAUACUUCUGAACUACUAAUACCUUCUGAUAGGGGUGCAGAGUUAGUAUCUGAAGAACAAUCGAUUGGUAGUCGCGGCUCAAACUUUUCUAAUCAAACAGCAUUCACAAGUUUCCUUAAUAAAUUUGAUCCAAGAGUGAUGAGUGACAUUAUCAUAGGUUUGAGUGAUGGUUUAACUGUUCCAUUUGCGUUGAGUUCUGCUUUGACAUCUUUGGGGGACUCGCAGCUUGUGAUCACUGGUGGUUUUGCAGAAUUAGUGUCUGGUGCAAUCUCAAUGGGCUUGGGUGGUUAUUUGGCUGCGAAAUCCGAGAGUCAAUACUAUCAUAAUACUGUCACAAAAGAAAAGCAAUCCUUCUUCAAAAAUCAAAAUGAAUUAGAAUGUGAAGUCAUUGACAUCCUUGAAGAUAUUGGUAUAACAAAUGAAAGUGCUAUAAACUUAUUUAUUGAUGAUUUAGAGAAGAAGCCAGCAAAGUUGGUCGAUUUUAUUAUAAGAUAUGGUAAAGGCCUUGAAGAACCUGCUGAAGGGAGAGAAAUAACAUCUGCCCUUACUAUUGGUCUCUCUUACUUUUUUGGUGGGUUUGUUCCUUUGAUUCCUUAUUUUUUUGUUGCUACUGUUCAAACUGGCUUGAUCGUUAGUUGUAUUGUCAUGGCCAUUGCAUUGUUUAUCUUCGGCUACGUUAAAACAAUCAUCUCUAUCGGUAAUGAUUGUGGUCACUGGCAAAAGAUAUCUGAAGGUUUCCAAAUGUUGUUCGUUGGAGGGUUUGCGGCGGCGUGUGCCUGGUUAUUGGUUAGGUUAAUUGAAUCCUAA